GUCCGAACUGUCUCCUCCACCCACUAUCAAAGUCUCCAGAAGAUCAUCAUGGCCGAUCUGCCUCCAACUCCCGCCGUCGCCGCCGAGUCCACGCCGGAGACGCUUCUACCCGUCCCUGAGACGUCCAUAACCCCUGCGAAAUAUGAUGCCAAUCCCUCUGACAAGAAAACUAGCGCGUGGAAGGAGCGCGGUAGCAGGAACUUGACGUAUGACGAGCGUCGCGCCAUGCUCGACUUCCUCCUAAAGCGACGCAUCGAAGGCUCCACGAAGCUGAUGCGGCACGCCGUCACAGAUGCAGCGACCGAGUUCGGUGUGGACCGUCGCACAGUCUCGAGGCUAUGGAAGCGCGCAGUGCAAAGCUUGGAGAACGGCGACGAGGUGUGUGACGUUGCGUCACGGAAGGUCGGACGCCGCGGCCGACGGAAACGCGACUGGUCAGCGGAAUUGGAGCGUGUCAAGGAGAUCCCAUUGGCUCAGAGAGGCUCCAUCCGCGCACUAGCCACAGCGGUCGGUAUCCCCAAGACGACACUGUACGAACUCCUAAAGGAGGACGGGAAUCCCUCCAUUAACGCAAUCAAGCCGUCGCUCACAGACAAGAAUAAGCUCGAGCGUCUGCGCUAUUGUGCCGAUAAAGUACGGUCCAAUGGACUAUUCGACGACAUGUACAACGUCGUGCAUAUCAAUAUGAAGUGGUUCUCGCUUCCAAGGGAUAAAAAGACAAAGGUCAUGUUCAUGGCAGCUGUAGCACGUCCUCAAUGGGACUCACAAAGGAACGAGUUCUUUGACGGUAAGAUAGGCGUAUGGCCAUUUGUCCGAGAUGAGAUACAAGCGUGUAUCCCCAUGGAGGGCUCAGAUAUGAAGUCUGCACUGCAAGGAAGAACGUUUGUACCGUUGGAGACUGUGACCAAAGAGGACGUACAGCGCAUGAUCACAGAGAUAAUAGUCCCCACUAUUCGACACAAAAUGCCGGUACAUUUAACUAUCUACAUCCAGCAAGACAGCGCCAAAAUUCGCUGUUCUGGCGAUGCCACAUUUGCUGAAGAAGGUCGGAAGGAAGGCUGGAAUAUCCAGAUGCAGAACCUCCCACCAUAUUCCCCGGACUUCACUGUGAUGGACAGCGCUCUGUUCCGAUUCGUUCAAGCAGCAUUGAAAGCGUCACCGCCCCCUUUACUCAACACCUCGGUGUCAGGACUCACCGAGCUCGUGUCUUGUGUGGAGCGAGCGUUCUCAACACUGAAAAGUGACCAGAUUAAUGACGCUUUUCUGUCAUUGCAAAAGGCGAUGGAGUGUACGAUGCGUGUUCAGGGCUCCAACACGUACGAACUAGGCCCCACUAGCAAGGAACAGCUCCAGUUCCAGGGCAGUCUACCUGUGAGUAUACUAUGCGAUCCUGACGCACUGUUGGCAUGCAGAGCAGCGCUGGACGAGAACACUGAUGAGGCUCUAGAAACUCUCUAAAGGGAAGAUAAAGCGAGCUAGCAUGCGUUCAUUGUGGUGAGUUUCUUUCUACUAGGGAAAGACUAUUCUUAAGCGACGAACGGAGCGCCGAGGUUCCACGCGAUGAAGGCAAAUACCUCGGACGUCUCCUCGAUGAUCUUGGUGGUGGGUUUUCCAGCUCCAUGGCCGGACUUGGUGUCAAUACGAAUGAGUAGAGGGUUCGUCUGCGUCUCCGAGUGUCCCAAUUGAUGCUGAAGUUCCGCAAUGAGUUUGUAUGAGUGCAGAGGCACCACACGAUCGUCAUGGUCGCCAGUAGUCAGCAGCACAGAAGGGAAUCCACCACGCUCCGACAGCUUCUGCAUGAUGGGGCUAUCGGCAUGCGGCACGUUGUGCACGGGCGAAUAGCGACGAAUGUAGUGGAAGUCGUCAGCCACAUCUGGAUCACCGUAGUCCGUGCGCCAAGCGUGGCCGAUAGUGAACUUGUGGAAGCGCAGCAUGUCCAUGACACCCACAGCGCCCACCACGCAACGAUACAGAUCAGGACGCUGGUUACUGGUAGCCGCCACUAGCAGCCCGCCGUUAGAUCCGCCGUGGAUCGCGAUCUUUUCCGGAUUCGUGUAGCCCUCCUUGAUCAAGUACUCAGCUGCGCCGUGGAAAUCAUCGAACACGUUCUGCUUCUUAUGCAGCAUACCAUCCUGGUGCCACUGCUCGCCGUACUCGCCACCACCACGUAAGUUAGGCAGCGCCAACAUACCAUUAAAGUGCUGCACGAACACGAGUCUCGAGACGCUAAAAGCAGGCGUAAGCGAGAUGUUGAAGCCUCCGUAGCCAUACAAAUACACAGGCAACUCGCCGUUCUUCGGUGCGUUCUUGCGCUUUACAAGGAACAUGGGGAUCUUGGUGCCAUCCUUGGACGGAUAGAACACUUGCUCGGCCUCAAACUGACUCGGAUCAAAAUCUUUCACCUUCGUCUCCCGGAACAGCUCAGCUUCAGGUGCAGUUCCAGAAGUUACAGCCGCCUUGGACAGGUCGAUACGGAAGAUAGAACCCGGAUACAGGAACGAGAUGAAGUGGUAGAACAGCUCCGACUCGGUGCGUUUGCUAGCCACCCCCACAGUGCCUACACUAGGCAGAGGGAUCUCGUACUGGAACACACCGUCUAGGUUGUACACAUGCAGCUCGUUGUGCACAUCCUUGACGAGCUGUACGACCAGCAAGUUCGGCGCCACAGGGUGCACACCUUCGAUCACGAUGGCGUCUGACUGUUCCGGGAUCACUUCUUCCCACACUGGCGUGGCACUGAGUUUGGUACGCACCACACGCUCGCGGGGGGCGUCAGCAUUGGUCUUGAAGUAGUAGUAGUCGCCGUCGUUCAAGAUGUACGAGUACGCUGCGUCCAUAUUGUCCACCAGCUUCGUCACUGAGAUCGUGGAGUCACUUGGGCCCUUCAGGAAGUUCUCAAAGUCACUCAAAUCCGCGGCGUGGAUCAUAUUGGCAUUCUUGCAGCCAUCUUGGACAUACAGCAGCAGCUUCUUACCGUCGUCUGAGACCUCAGCACCGACGUUAAACGUUGGUUCAGUCGGGUAUGCGUACACCAGUUUGUCUUCAGACUGCGGCGUGUGCAGCUUGUGGUACCAAAGCUGGUGGUUCAUGUUGGAGUCCGUCUCGGUGCCUCUCUUGGGUCCCUCUGCAUCGUCGUGCUUGUCGUCCUUCAUCUUCUCCGGAGGAGGGUAGCGUGAGUAAAAGAACCCCUUGUCAUCGUGUGUCCAGGAGAUACUGGAGAACUUGACCCACUCCACUGUGUCGUCCAACAUCUUGUUAUUGUCGUGCACCGCCAUGACCUUAAUGGUCUGCCAAUCUGAGCCGCCACGCGAAAUACCGUGCGCGAAGAAGAGCUUGCCGUCCUGGAGUUUGGCCUCCGAGAACGCGCGACUGGAUAGCGCGGCGGUACCGUCCUCUGCUAAAAGAUUGGGGUCCAAUAGCACGCGAGGUUCACUGUGCAGCUCGUCCUGGAUGUACAGCACGCUCUGGUUCUGUAGUCCGUCGUUCUUGGAGAAGACGUACUUGCCUCCGUGUUUACGCGGAGCGGAGUAUUUCUCAUAGUUGAAAAGCUCCGUCAUACGCGCCUUGGUUUCGGCCACGAACGGCAUUUGGUUCAACACGCGCUGCGUCACUUCGUUCUGCUUGGUGACAAACUCACGCGUCUCGGGCGAGUCCGGGUCCUCAAGCCAGCGGUACGGAUCCGCCACUUGCACACCAUGCAGCGUCUCCACCAGAUCGCCACGGCGCACGGCCGGGUACGUCAAUUUCUCAGCUAGUAAACCUGCAGUCUUCAUGGCCUUCUUCAUCAGAUCUUGCAAUGAGGGGAGCAAAUUGAAGAAGUACGUCACUAUCAAACCUCGAUUUAGCGUCACAGUAGGACGAAUAGUCAUUACUUGAUUUUUGAAUGUUUUUAUUCAAGCCAA